AUGUUACCAGCUGGUGUUAUUUUGGUUUUCGUCUUGGUCGGUCUGGCCUGUAUCGCCAUCAUCUGUACUAUCCUGUACAGAAAGUGGCAGGCUAGACAACGUGGUCUGCAGAGAUUCUGA